CUCCUUCGGACACCAACAGAAGAAAUUCUAAAGUUGAGACUGUGGUUCUUGCUCGUAGGAUUGCCUGUGCCACUAAUUGAAUGCUGGAGAACCAGGAUUCCCUUCAGGUCUCCAGGGCAACAGGCCAGGUGACCAAUCAACUUCUAGGCCUAGGGUCAUUGUUGGAGGCAUGAAUGUUGCUAUGACCACCAAAACCUUGGUGACUAAACAAAGGAGAGACUGCUCAUUUUUCUAAGACCAUAUUGAGCAAGUCUGCACACAUGUCUAUGGAAAAGAUGAUAGAAGCUGAAGAGAGUUUUCAAAGGGCCCUGGGACUUACGAAGAUGGUUGACAGGUGGCGAAAUUCUGACACUCGUCUGUGUCAGAUGACACUGAGCCAGAGGAGAAACCCGUAUGCCAUCCUGAGGAUGCAGGACACCAUGAUGCAGGAAUUGGCUCUGGCCAACAAGCAACUACUGAACGUCCGUCAAGCUGCACUGCACCAGCUGUUUGAAAAGGAGUAUCGGCAGUACCAGCAGGAGCUAAAUCGGAUGGGCAAAGCUUUUUAUGUGAAGAGACUCUGAUGGCAUCCGAAACAUGUCCUUCCACUCUGACCUGCUAACUGAGCCUGGAGCCCCUUCCACCUUGAACUUCCUUCCCAAAACACACCUGGAUCUAAUUGUUUGCCCAGGAUAUAAGGCUCCCACUCAUCUCUUUUCAUGUCAACCCCUUGGUGCAAUUUGGGAAACAAUCUAUGAAGCGAUGGCAAAGACAAGAGUGACACCCUGUGGUCAGAAUUAGAGGUGCAGUGUUGGUGUAAGUGGGGGGCGGGGAGGUGCGGACAUGCUAUGUAAGGGUAAGAGAACCAUCGUUUGGUUUAACAAAUAAAGCUAGAUCUCAA